AUGCAUAUCCCAGCUCUGCUACAGCGAACAGAUGAGCUAGCUCUGGAAACAACAGACGAAAUUAGCAGAGAGGCAAAUCUGCCCAUCACAGAAACCCUUCUCAUGGACUACCGAAUAUCAAUAUUCGAGCUGAGACAAUGGCUUGAUGACUGGAGCGUUGCUGAGAAAGGGCCCCUCUACUGGCGCUCGACUUAUGAACCGUCAGACGCUGUCAAAGAAGUUGACCCAGAGUGUAUCCCUGUUUUCGAGAAAGGAGCAGACCACUUGUGUUUUCAGACGACCCAGUCGGCAGGCUUGCUCAUCACAUACUGGUCAUUCGUGCUGGAGCUGGCCAUGGGGAUGAUGGGGACGCAGUUGAACCUGCCUGAAACCAUGCGGCACUCAUCAACUGAUGCAUUGAGAGAUGCCGACGAGACAAUGCAGCUCAUUGUCGAAACAGCACCUCAUCUUUCGUCCUGCUUUGAAGGCGUCGUCACCGUCAAGGGCCCACUCCAGGUAGUCGCGAGGUAUCUCCAAUUUCGUGGCCGAGAAUCGCCGAGCACCCUAUUGCCUGUAUAA